CCUUUUCUCAGCAUCCAACUUGAUUUAUAUCUUCAGACUAUUAUUAUUUUUCACGCAGCGAAGUUUAAUUUCUUGUUUUGCUUGUGUCUCGGAACUUUAUGCGACUUUAUUACUCUUUAAUAAAAGUUGUCAAGAUGAUUUAUAUCUUUGCGUUUGGUUCAUAAAGCCACGGCUCGCGUUUGUUGACCUCAUUAUGCAGCUGAAAUAAUAGGAGAAAGCAGUUCAGUGUUUUGUACUGGGUCUUGAAGCGAGGAAUUCAAAUCUGGGGUGCAGGACGGAACAAACAAAGAGGCAAGUUAGUUUAAAUAUUGUUUUUUCUGGGUGCAUGUUUUAAUGUUUGUCAAAACGAUUGAAAUAUGGAGGAAAUGUUUGUUUUCUGAAGUGAAACUGCGUUUACAUUAAGUGGUUUGCUCAAUUUCAAGUUAUCAGGCUAUCUAGCGGUGCAUGGGCCAAGGACGUUUCUGACAUUUGGGUUCAAUUCUUACAAUAUCCAGUUGUCUCAUUAUAAUUUCACCUCAGUCACAUGUGAGAAGAGUGCUUCCAGUCUGACACUACCAAACACCACUGGUUUUCUCCAAAUAUCAAUAAGAGAUGACUUUUAUUAGACCUCUACAAAGGAAUGUUUAGAACUGAUAAAGCUAUCCAGUAUAAAUAAAGUUAGUUAAGGUUCCCCUCCUGUAGUAACACUGGAUCAAUAAGGAAUGACUCUUACUGGAUUGGACCUCUAGGCCUAGGGAGAACAGUUUGGAGUUUAGUCUAGGUUUCCUUCAGCUACGAUGGAAGGGACAGUUAGGGGGUAAUCCCAAACUAAUCGCAGGGCCGAAGGUUCGAUUCCUGUCAGGGACUUUAAUAAAGUUGUGUUCCUGACUAGGUCUUAAAUAGUACAUAAAUGUCCACUUCAUUAUUUCCAUCUACAAGAUAGUUAGUUAAGAACUUUAUUAAAGUGUCAUUUACAUCUAGCCGGUUACAGAUAACCUACUAAUUGGGGACACUAAGCUUAAACAACUGAAUUUACACCUAUUGUAUAUUACUAAAAUUACUGCUAUGAUUACAUAUAUAAUACACUAAUUAUUUUACUACAGCUUAGUACUAAGACUAUUAUUAUGGAGUUUAUCAUGCAAUACAACUGAGGUCUGUUUUUCUGAUACUACGCUUAAAAGCAGAUAGCGAAGUCUGAUUUCUGUCUUCGGAUUUUAAUUUUGACCAAAGGCAAGGUCCAUAAUACCUUAAUGAGUGUUUUCCAAAUUUUACAGACUUAAAUCUCGGUAUAAGAAAGUCUGAGUUUCUAAGAUUAUAAUUCCUUGGUGUGUUUAUAAAUAUAUUUAAUAUAUUGUUCGGAAGUAGCCUUUGUUUGACUUUAAACAUGAAUAUGGCUAUGUCUUGCAACCUCCAAGAUCGUUCAACUAAUCCCAGCCCACCCUGUCGACAUUCCCUGGCGGGGAGGAAACAGGAGUAUACCCGAAGCAAACCCACGACUUUCGUCGUUUUCACUUGAGACCUGAACGAAGAGCGAAGCCACGGUUGUUUUCACUUGAGUUCUGAACGAAGAGCGAAGCCACGAUCUCAAAGGUGGAAAAAACUUGCUCUGGCGAUUGCAUCACCUCUCGAAUGCGACAUCACGCUAUUUAAAUGGGUGUUGUUCAUAUGAAUUGACUCGAAAUAUUUGCAUUGAGAAAAUCGAUUUCUACUCAAUCAACUCGGUUUGUCCAACGAUUAUGAAAGUGUGAUAAAUGAGCGUUGAAAGGUCGAGACAGAGUGAGAAAAUUAUUGGAACAUAUGCUCAAUCAAUUGUCUUUGAGUCACGCCGCUAGACAAACAAAUUUAAAGUUUAUAUUUCAUGCUGCAGUGUGACAACGACUGCUACUAAACACCGCACAAAAGGAAAGUUCCUCCUCUCAAAAUAUAUCAAUAUAAGUUCCUUAUAAUCACACCUAAACAAGCACAUGUUGUGUCGUGCUCGCCUUUCAAGCCCCAAGACCUGGGUUCAACCCACGGUCGGAUCUCUACUCAAAGUCUUAAAAUAAUUGAGGAGAAAGUGCUACCUUUGUACUGACAUCAGUAAAUGGUUAGUCUUUCGCGUCUUCUCGGAUAAGGACGUUAAAAUCGUAGGUACCUUGGACCCCUGUGAAUUGGGCAAUAGUUGGAAAAUCCGCUCACCACUUUGAGCGAGAAACUAAACAAACUAAACUUAACUCUAAGUAGACUAUGCUGUAAAGAAUGAUUACACGAUUUCAGUACACUUUAUGGUUACCAACAAAUAUGUGGGCUUGCUGAAUGGUGAAUGAAUGAAUCUGAUCACACCACAUUUAACGCCCGUAUUCUAAAAGUUCACUCACACUCAAUGAGUAGAGGUUCAAUCUGAGCUUUUCUUGAGUGUCAAUGCUGUUUUUGAAUAGCUGGAAGGUGAGUGUCGUACCGUACUAUGCGACUACUCACCCUCUAGCUACUCAAAAACAGCACUGACAUUCAAGAAAAGCUCAGAUUGAACCUCCACUCUACUUGUGCGGUGUUCAAAAGCGAUACAGGAACCAAAAAUUGGAACCGUGCAUAAUUUAUGCAAAUUGCCUCACUUAAUUAUCGGCAUCGGCGAUAUUUUUCAGGGGGGGGGGAGGAGGAGAGGUAUUUUCAGAAAUAUGAGAAAAAGAUAGCUUAAAAAUGCAAAAAUAAAAAGGGAUUUGACCACAUGACAUGAUUAUAUUUCCAUCUUGUCUUACUUAAAUGUUUAACUAUGACUGCUAUCAAAUUAAAUAUUACGAAGCGUACUCAACCACUGUGAAAUGGUAAUCAUAAACAAUAGAAUGAUUCUCACUCUAAGACAAAGGCGACUAUAUAAAUUGUAUUCCUUGAAUAUUCUAGUACGCCGUAGUUGUGCAAUUAACUCAUGCUACGUUAUGUAUCGAUCAUUUUUAUGGCUCAUGAAUCAUGAUUACGCCAACUGCAUGUUGAGUAAAAGUCGUGUGUGGUUUUUAAGAUGAAAUCACUGACUAUUGCAGUUUAAGUGUUUUUGGAAAGAAAGGUAAGUACUUAAAUAAGUUAAUAAAGGCACAUAGAAUUUAGUGAUGUCGUAAGAUUUUGAGAAAAACCGUGAGAUCAGUCAAAGCUGGAUUCAGCGUUGACACUCAGUUAAAAUUUAACCUGCUGUUUUAGUUUACGCUCCAAAUUUAUAAACAAGCUGUUAGGAUUUAGGUUUUAACCCAGGGUAAACCUCAAUCGGUUUCGAAAAACCGGCUGUAGGUUUCGAAAUUAAUAUGGAUUGAAUGAAUAAAAAAAAGUUAGUUCUCUAUUUAGCUCGAAUUUUUAAAAUCGUGAAUGUCUCUGCAGACUCCUUAUAUGUUCUGUGUUAUUGGACGUUUUAGAACAAAAGUCAGUGUUAUAUUUUAUAAUCAACUCAUUGGAAACUCAGCGCGAUGUUUCUAGAAAACAAGGGUUGUAUUAUCUAUUAUAUGCCAACAAAAGCAGUAUACCCUAGUUUAAAUACAUGAAUUUGUGCCUGGUUAGACGGCUCGACAACUGGACCCUGUAGCUCAGUUGGUUAGAGCCAUGCACCAGAAUCGCAGGGCCGCAGCUUUGAGGGCAUACAAAGGCAUUUUUGGAUCCUGGUUAGGUGUCAAUAAAUGUGUAUAAAAUUAACACUCGAUCAUUUCAAUCUGAAAACCCUCCAAGCUUGUAAAUACACUUUAAACAGAAUUCUUAACAAGUCGUGAAAUUGAAAUGCUUUGUCGUGAGACCGUAAGAAAGCAUAAAACAUUAGCAUUGGUGGGUCUUGGCUAGCCUGCUCCCAGCCCGAAAUUUCAGGCUGGUGAGUAGGCUAGCUCUUGGCAGGUCUGUCACACAAAAACACAAGUAAUUAAAUUUUAGUGUUUUCUGCUUUUGCCGUUGGAUGCCAUACAGGUAUCUAAAAAACGUUUUACUUCGUAUGAAACGUAAAUGCAUUAAACACUGUCUUAUCCCUUUUUAUUUUUGCGGUUUCAAGGUACAUAACUUUCAGACAUGUCUCUGAAAAAUCGCCCCAUGAAAAAUAUUAUCGCUAAUGUCUCACAGUGAUUAAGUGCGAUAAUUUGCACAUAAAUUAUGCGCAGUACCAGGUUUCGGUUGCAGUAUCGCUGCAUCGUUUUUGAAUAGAGCCAAUGAUGAUAAGAUGAUUACUCAAGUUCCUGCCUUUCGCAAUGCUUGGCGCACUGGAUUGAAAAACCUGGACAAGAGUCUGUGGCCAGAAACUGGGGGGUGUUGGUCCAAUUCUCAAUGUUAAAAUGUAGUCUAUACAAGCGUAGUUUUUGACGUUUUACAAUCGCUCACGGUUUCCUACUAUUGCCCUAAUUAGCAUUUGCUGCACAUGGCCAGGAUCGCGGUGUCUUUUCGGAUGUAUUGUCGGAGAAUCGGAGUUGGCAAAAGACAGAGUCCUUUGUAAGAGACCUCCGCGGUAUUGCUAUGACUCUUUUCUGCCAUCGUAGUUUUUAGUUUUUAGUUAUACAAUUAUAAGUUGAAACUUAACUAAACCUUACUACAGUAUAUUUAUAUUGGAUAACGCCCUCUGAGGUCUAAACUGUUCUUCCCAGUGGUCCUGCAAGGAUCAUCCCAGUGUUACUACAGGUGAGGAAACCCGGGGUACCAGGAGAGAACCUGGGGUGUUUGGUAGAGUCAACUGGAAGCUCUCUUCUCACAUGUGACUGAGGUGAAAUUAUAAUCCAGGGUUCGUAGUCUCCAAGACCAAAAAAGACUUUCAAAGAUUUUUUCUGCCUAUUUUCAAAGACUUUUCAAAGACCUUGAGAGCAAUCAGGCUAAUCAACUGUCGAAAAAUUGCGAGUGUAAGUACCAUUUUUAGUCCCGUCAAAUCACAUCCUAAAAUGCGCCUUUUUCGUCGAUAUUUGCAAAAAUCUUGCUUCAAUCAAUCUAUUUUAUCAGCUAGGAAAUUAUAUAAUCAAUUCCUCACUAAAGAAUUUAAAGACUUUUAAAGACUUUCUUCGCUUUUUCACACAAUUCAAAGACUUGCAUUCAAAUUUAAAGACUUUAAAGGAUUUUAAAGACCGCUACGAACCCUGUCAACUGCGCAUUACAGCAAUCAGACGUUGCUCACAGAGAAGAAAGACACAUCGUGAACUUAAGCAUGGGCUAACUAUUAAACUAUUAAACAGACACGGACAUAACCUUGCGUUUGACGUAUUGUCGGUCAAGGUAUCAAAGACGUGAGCGACCUCUGCGGUAUGGUUAAUGACUUUUUCUGCCGUCACCUGUAAAGUUGGCUAAAACAAUCCAGCAUUGCUCCGAACCAUUGUCCACUUCGACCGAAUUCAAAGUCAAACGAAACAUUUACCGCUAAAUUUGAAUUUGAAAAGAAAAGCACUUGCCUUCUGGCAUUUACGCCAAAGAUCUGUAGCGAGCAAUUAUCUUAAAUUUAAUUAAUUAAUAAAUCUCCGCGAUGUUAUUAAUCCUUUUAGCAUUGACACUUGCCGACCGACAGGUAAAUACGGUGCUUUUCAACAGGACUUUCGAACGAUUUCGAGUAUAUUUGCGACAUUUACACUUUACUUCGCACCUUCAAUUGCUACAAUAGCCGGACAGGGAAUCGUUUGGAGGAACGGAAAAACGGGAAACUUUAAUUUAACUUUGAUUUGUUGAUUGUGUUUUGGUAAUUGUGUUUUUAUCAUAAAGAAUAGCAACUUUAAGAAUAGCUAUUGAAUUUCGCGGAUGCUUUGUAGUGUGGUGUGCUGGAUAUUAGCUUGUGUCAUACUCAUGCAAUGUGAAUUGUUGCGUUUGCCUUGCACCAGAAGGGAGUAGGGAUUCUUCUUCAACGUAUACAAAGAUUGAAGGCUGUGAAAUCGUGAUUAGAGACUAAAGUGUGGUGAGUUUUGUAGACGUUUUUGGUAUUUAUAUAUAUAAUAUCCUGUCUUAAUCCGCAUACAGAUUAGAUUGUAUUAUUUCAUGAAUCAUUGGUUUCGUAAGCCAGUAAGAAUCGUUUGAUAAGGUAUAUGAAAUGUAUCCGUUGGAACCCCAUAGAUAAGGAAUUUGUGAAUAGUACUCAAUAUUUCAUAAUUAGCUGUCGUGGUUUGUGUCUGAACUACGUUAAUUUGUGUUUGGACUACCUGAAAAAAUAUCUCAAACUGAGCGGGAUCUAGUCAGGUAGCAUUUCACAAUUGUGUCUGAACCUGAAAACCUCUCAAAUGUGAUGGUCCAGUGUAGGUAGUAUUCUACACUGAAUAAGCUACCGUGGUCUGUGUCUAAACUGCCUGAAAAAGAUAUCUCAAACGUGGCGGUCCAAUGUAGGUAGUAUUCUUCAAUAAGCUGUCGUGGUUUGUGUCUGAACUACCUGAAAAAGAUAUCUCAAACGUGGCCGGUCCAGUGUAGGUAAUAUUCUUCAAUAAGCUGUCGUAACUUUUGUCUGAACUACCUGAAAAAGAUCUCUCAAACGUGGGAGCCUAGUGUAGGUAAUCUUAUACAGUAAGCUGUCUUGAUUUAAGUCUGGAUUCAGCAGCUUUAUUAUUUCCUCUUCAUGUCUAAGACUAUAAAGGAAUUACAAUUAUUUGCUCUAGUAAACAUCACAGCAGUAUAUAGAUAGAUUUAUUGCCCUUACUGGGUGGUAUAUUGUUGACCAGAUGUAAAUUAAAUAAAUUAUUGCAUUCAGCACUAAAGUUACAUGUAUAUAGAUCAAGUUGUGAUAACGUAUUGCUUGUCAACGUUAUAAACAAAUAAAGGACUCAAGCUGAGAGUUAUUCUAUUCAUGGCGAGAGCUUGCCUAAUUUUUGAUGUAUAGAAUACAAAACACAAAUAAAUUUCACUGCACUUGACCUUGUUUAUAUUUCCUCGUUUAUUUUAAGAUAAGGAAAACGGUCUAUAUAUAUACGAAUAGAAUAGUAUAGUAACUUUAUUUUGACAGGGUAGCCUAUUCACUAGCUGCGAAGCUGGGCUCGGUUGUACAAAGGUCGUGCUAUCUAUCGAAAGUGAUUUUUCAACCGUUUUAAAAUGCUGCAAAAGCUAUAACAUUAUGGAUGGGGACCUCACAAUUCAUAAAAAGAAACUUUAAUUUACAAAUACUAAAGUUUAAUUUGGUUUAUACCAAUCGACAGACAAUAUUCGGAAACUUGAAUCCAAUAACUUCCGUAGUUAUUCUAUGGUCCUGGUCAAAACCGACCUCACUUUUUACUGGUCAAAACCGACCUAGCUGUAAACCAAAUUUAUAUAAAUCUACAGGUCCAAACGUUCUCCUUAGAUACUAGAGAGACUGCAGACAACCUAUAGAUGGUCCCACUGACCACAAAUAACUACAUUACAUUGCAUAACUCCAUAUAAUUUAAUUUGUCUCCGAGAAAGUGGUAUUGCUGACAUAGUGGUUACUCAUGGCGCAUGGUGCGUGUCGUUUUCACCUCCGUGACCCGUCUUUAUUUAUACUGGAUCGUUUAUCAGUUCUGAACUGUGCUCCGUAGGUUAGAGGUUCAGCAUCACAGCAUGGGUACCUUGUACUGGAAAGCUGUGGAUUUAGAGGAAUUCAAUGAUCUGAAAAAAUGUUGUUUUCAACUGAGGCCAAAAGCUACUGUUGAAAGUGGAGUCUAACUUAGGCGGCAAGUUUUAAUAUAAAAACUACAAAAAUAUAAAAAGUUCGUUAAAAAGGUAUUAUAUUUUUAUAGUUUUUAUAUUCAAAUUUCCGUCUAAGUUAGACUUUACUUUCAGGUUUCAACAGUAGCUUUUGGCCUCACUUGAAAACAACAUUCAUAUAAUUCUACUGAAGGACAACUUUGUACGUUUAAUCUCAAACUGAAAUACAAUAAAAAACCUCGAGGUUCCGAGCUAAGGCCCUUAGGGAAACAUCAAAUGUUUCUGAAUUUGCUAGGAAACAUUUUUGCUUCUCGGGAAGCAAAUUUUGUUUCCGCAACAAUGUUUUCACGGGUGGGCAAACAGGGAAACAUUUGAAGAAACAUCGAGAAUCACAAAUGUUUCCACAACAAUGUUUCCUAGUUUGCCCAGGGCUUUACUGUAUUUUUCAGGCAGUUGAUUCCUUUUCAAUCCACAGCUUUCACUGGUGUCAUUGUUCGAGUACUUUUUAUUUAGACCUGUAUACUUGGAUCAAGAAUCGUGUGAUUUUACGCAAGAUUUUUCAAGUUACAAAAUUUUUAGAAUGGGCAAUAGGCAAUUUCAGCUUUUAGUUUAUGCCUUACUUCCCAUCACCCCCUGCGCGCCUAAAUUAAAAGCUGGAAUUGUCUAUUUGUUAGAUGGAAAAUCUCGCGUGAUCGUGCGUUAAAAUCCCACGAUUUGCGGGAUUCAUCAUACUCACGGAGUAGAAUCAAUUACAGGACUGGAAACGAUUCAAACCCAGGGCUCCUGCGCUUGUGGCUCUGCCUGGUCGCGCAGGGACAAUGCAUGUUCAGAGACAUCUCGGCAUACUGGGUGGAUUUUGAAACGUUUAUUUUAAUAACAACCUCACCCACCAUUACCAAGUCAAACUGCUCAGGCCUUGUUUUGCACAAAAUGUUUGCAUAUCAACAGGAACUUGGCGAGUGAUUAAAUUUCUCCCUGCGAUCCUACGUCAACAUAUUUCGGUUAAUUUUCCGCUUCAAAAAUUCCGGGACAAAACAAUAUCGUUGCGGGUGCAGGUCAUAGAAGGUUAUAGACUUAUAGCCAAGGAAUAUAGGUGCGUCCUCAAUGGAUUUCUCAAUUAAAUGCAUAUCGCAGUGUUGGCUUAACACAAUCGUACAGUUUUGUAAAGAUUUCAAUCAAAUCUUUUCGAUCAGUUUCCUUCCGAGUAUCAGAGAAGGUUAGCCAAGGAAAAAGGGUGUGUUAAAACUAAGCACAAAUAUAAACAAGUCAGGAUGAUUCUAGAUUUCUCAUUGAAAUGCAUCGCAGUGUUGCCUAUAUAAUUGCCACAAUCCGCACAGUUUUGUAAAGAUUUCAAUUCAACCUUUUUGAUAAGUUUUCUUUCGAGUAACGAAUUCUUUCUUUUAAAGUCCAUCUUUUAGUGAGAAUUAAAACUUUCUAUUAAAGUCAAUCUUUUAGCGAUAAUCUAUACUUCAAAGACAAAGUAGGUAACACUUUCAUGCGCAUGAAUAGAUUUCCUCUUAUCUUCAUCCCAAUUAACAAUGCGGCCCUGUCCCUAACUCUACUGUGCACAAAAAAACAGGAGGAUGUAACCUCAAAGAUAUAACUAGUGCAAAUACAUGAUAUUGAAACUAUAUUACAAUUACAAAAUAAGAAUUUAACGCGCUGUUUUAAUACAGCUUUAACCUCAAUGCAAAAUUGAUUGUAGUGUGAUAAAAUUUUAAUAUUGUUUGAUAAACUAUUAAAUAGUUCGGAAGAAAUAUCUCGAAAAGUUUCCUUUUCCUGUGGUCAGAUUUAAGAUGGUGCUUGAACGCAAGUUUCGAGCUGGUUGGUCAGGUUUUCACACUUACUUUACGAGAGAAUCUUAAGCAAGCCUAGAUUAUAGUCUAAGCCAGUGCAUGACACAUCUAUGUUUGUGGUAUGAUAAAUAUACAUGCAACAUAAAUAUACACUCGAGAAUAAUUUUGACAGUUUUUAGUGGUACAUUAUUAGAGAACAAAGAAACUGAUAUUCCAGCCAAUAUUGCAAACGGAACAGUGCACAUUGACAAAGCAAACUUCGUCACUCCCUCUCCCCCAGUUCGGUAUUGGAAACAACGUUUGAUAAUUUACCAUGACUCAAGGAGUCAAGCUCAACAUUGAGUUGGGUAAACGGGGGGGGGGGGGGGCUUAACAGGCACCUAUAUCCUAAGCCAUAAGAAUAUGCACAUUUUGUAUAGAGAGAAGUCUCAACCAGUUAUGUCCAAGAUUGUCAUUUACAAUAAGAUGAUGAUAAACCUUUUUAAUCACGUCUAACAUUGCCAGCUAAAGCUGGUUUUCAAAAUGGGCGCGGUGAAAUCUCAACCGUAUUGAAUAUAUUUUUAAAUCCUAGGCUAUAAACCAUUGAGCAUGCAGCCAAGAAUAACACUGAAUGUCUUAGGGCAGCUAGCUUGCAUAUAAAACUCUUGACUGCUUUAAAAUACGGGAUUUUCAUUGGUUAACCUUUGCACUAACUGUAGCUAACUUUAACCACUUUUUUAUUCUAAAUAUCAGAAUUUUGGAUAUCUAUACGCUCGAUAGAAUUAAUUGUUGAAGGGUGUAGUGGUGGAAAUUUACGCCCGUGUUCUAAAAGUUCACUCACAAUCAGUGAGUAGAGGUUCAAUCUGAGCUUCUCUUGAGUGUCAAUGCUGUUUUUGAAUAGCUGGAGGGUGAGUAGUCACAUAGUAAAGUAUGACACUAACCCUCCAGCUAUUAAAAGAUAUUCAAAACUGAACAGCACUGACACUCAAGGGAAGCUCAGAUUGAACCUCCACUCAUUGAGUGUGAGUGAACUUUUAGAAUACAGACGUAAAUUUUAUACUUUUAUUAGACCUAACCAGAAACAUUGGGGGAAAGUGCAGCUAUAGACCAUCUGAUAGGAAUCAAACCUGCGACCGAGAGAUUCUGGUGCAGCGCUCUAACCAACUGAGCUACAGAGACCAGUUGUCGAGCUCUAACCAACUGAGCUACAGAGACCAGUUGUCGAGCUCUAACCAACUGAGCUACAGAGAGACCGUUGUCGAGCUCUAACCAACUGAGCUACAGAGACCAGUUGUCGAGCUCUAACCAACUGAGCUACAGAGGCCAGUUGUCGAGCUCUGACCAACUGAGCUGCAGACCAGUUGUCGAGCUCUAACCAACUGAGCUACAGAGAGACAGUUGUCGAGCUCUAACCAACUGAGCUACAGAGAGACAGUUGUCGAGCUCUAACCAACUGAGCUAACAGAGAGACAGUUGUCGAACUCUAACCAACUGAGCUACAGAGACAGUUGUCGAGCUCUAACCAACUGAGCUACAGAGACCAGUUGUCGAGCUCUAACCGAGCUACAGAGACCAGUUGUCGAGCUCUAACCGAGCUACAGAGACCAGUUGUCGAGCUCGGACCGUUUUAUACACCUUGGUUGUUGGCUGGAACUGCUGGAUCUGUAUAGCUUGAGCAGCCUAUACAAUCUUCAUUGUUUAUAUAGGGUCGGCACAAAAGUGUUGGAUGUUUGAACUAAGGCUUAUAAACACAUUUUUCACAGGAUCUGAAUAAGGAUUCAGUUUUUUUUUACGAUCAGUACGCAAAAAGUACGUAAUAGCCCUUCAGGUCAAGCAUCUAAAGAUGCUUACAGUCGAAAAAAUCAAUACUCAACUGACAAAUGUCUGGCUAAUCAUGAAGAUAAUAUAGUAUUAUAUAGUUUAUCGAGAUUGUUUGGGGGGGGGGGCUCUUGCUCAAUACAACUAAUGAGGUCUUUGCAGAUAGAAAUUGGGGAAGAUUAUGUGAUAGAAAUUAUGGAAGAUUAUGUGAUAGAAAUUGUGGAGGAGUGGAAGAUUAUGUACAAUUUUAGACACAACCAUCUGGGAAAAAUGCAACUGUAGGAACCUGCGGUUCUGUGAUAGUCUGGUCCAACACUCCAACCCACUGAGCUUUAAAAACGCACGAGAAAACGCACGUUUUUUCCAAUGAAACGAUGUGCUUUAACGGAACAGUGUGAAUUUUAAUAUCAUUUUACGGUAUACUUUGAAAAAGUACUUUAUACCAAACUGAAGAAGAAAAACGACAAUGAACAAUUGAAGGAAUUCAAAGUAUUCUCAAUUAAAAAAUCAUUUCGGUAAUUUUACCAUCCUUACAAGGACAUUAAUACAAACCAGGGCAGUUUAUUUGCUGGCCUAACUACGCUAUGCGCCGGAACAGUGUAGCGCUGAAGUAUUCUCAAGUACAAAAUGAAAUCAUUUCGAUAAUUUAUCCACCCCUUGAAGGCGUAUUAAUAAGGCAAUUCCGUCAAUUAAGCAUUUCCUUAGUGCCAGCAAUAUCCCAAUACGUCGCUAGGAUGAGUAAUUGCUGGGCUCAGCACGCGCGCUUAGCCGCGCUAGGAUUAUAUAAACCAUCAAAAUUUCUAUUAUUAUUACCAACUGAAAUGGCUGUUCUUCAAAUGCCAUGCUGUGUCACUAAUUUUCCAGCCCAUGUUGUGGUGAGACAACAACAGCUUAUAUAAAAAAAAUGCGAGUAAAAAUGCCCUCCUAUUGACGCUAAACGUUUUGACAGGCGUGAGUAUUACUUAUUUCUGAAGCAGCACAUCCGUGAUUUGUGUGAUAUAGGGUUGGCUGUUUCAGUUGACGUAUGGGUAUUUCAUUACGGCUUGUCUCAGUGGAGUGAUUGAGUGAGUUUGCGCAGAGACCGAUCGAUAAAACACACACAAAGAUCAAGUUCAGAUUAUAUUAAAUAUAACGUGAACAGAUUAGAGACAGAUUAUAUAAAAACGUCUGAUAUUUAUCACUUAUCGGCCUAUCUAUAUAAAAAGACCUUGAAAGCCUUCGAGCUACGAUUGGCCAUAAACAGCUAGCCAAGCAAGGGUAAUACGAUAAGAUUUGAAGUGGUUGUGUGUUUAUUAUUGUAUCUAAGUCUAUCGUUUUGGUUGAUUUGUAGAGAUUAUCAGUGAAGAAACAAGGUGGGAUAUUGAACACGGAUACUUGGGAGGUCGAGCUGUGAAAGGUAGGUGUACAAUUGAGUGUUUUAUGUGAAAUUUUAUGUUUGAAUUAACCAUACAAGGAUCGUAAACUAUUAAGUUACCAAGUAUAGAAACUUGCGUCAAUUUUGGGUCUGGUUAGCGUGAAUCUUGUAAGCAAUAUAUAUAUGCAUGUGUUUUUCAUUUAAAGCAAGAUUCAGUUUUAUAAGAGGCCAUAAGGGUUAAUGCAAAUUAAUGUUUUUAACUAUACCGUACGUGAUCGCAUUUUCCGUGUACAAUUCUACAUAUGUACGCGGCGAUUUUUACCAUGGUAUAUACUAUGACUAGACAACUGAACCUAAUACAGUAUAAAUAUAGAAUGAGCGAAAUCUUAGAAUCGACACCACGGCUUACUCGCUAUGUUCAAAACUUUAUCUUAGCCAAGCACGUCAGGCGAAUAACUAAGAUUAUAAUUACAGGUCAAUUCCUUGGAGUAGUUAAACCAAGCCCUAGUUCCACUGGCUCUUAAAGAAAGGCGAGGCAAAACCAAAUCAGACCAUUAAAAUGUUCAGAAUUUUCAAUCGUAAAAUAUAGUUUAAGAUUUCAAAGGCGGUGGUCCAUCGUGUCAAGCCUCGGUCAAACAAGGAUGAAAGUUGUAACUCUCGAUCACGUUUCACCGACAACUCUUAUCGACUCUCAUCAAUGGUUCAAAUUUUGAUAAGAUUUGAUGAGAGUUUUCGCCACGCUCGCGGUAAUAUCCAAUCAACUCUCAUGCAACUCUUGUUCUCGUUUGACCGGGGCAUGAGAGUUGAGAAAACUCUCAUGCAAACUCUUGCUUCUCAACUCUCAUUUUCGUUUGAUCAGUGCUUUUAUAGAGACUGUCUAAAGAGACUGUAUGCGUUUUGGUCUCAACUACCUAAAAACGAUUAUAGUACGACUCUCGGAAAGUUAAUGUAUUAGGUUGGAAUUUGAAACGGGAUAAUUUAUAUUAUACCUACAUACACUCUUAACUAUGGAGUAUGGUGCCAAAUAACCUUGUGCAGUUGUGGUUUUUUGCCAAAAAGGUGCGAGUUUAAGCAGCAUGUUUGUCGUUUUUGCCACCUUAUUGAACUCUCUGACGUGAAUAUGUACGUGCGCUGUACUCGACAUUACGCUACAUACCAGUGAUGAAAAUUGAACUGUACCUUAUAAAAUACUGCGUCUGUGUAUAUAUAAAAAGUGUCUCUCUGUUGUCAUGAAAACUGUAACUGAAAAUGUGCUUAAUAAACCACUUGAAGCCUUAGGUCUUUACAACUGAGAAACUAUUCAUUAGACAUGCAGACGACAUUUCAGAAAAAAAACAUACAUAGCGAAGAUAAUUUCAUCGAUUUCAUUUAAACCAAGACGACAUUCUGAGAGUGUAUACUUUCGAUCGUAAAGACUGGUUGACACUAUCAAAGUUUCUGUGAUCACAGUAGGAAUUUUGCAAGUAGGUAAAUUAUAAGUUUUGAAGGAUUUGUAAAAAAUAUUUGAGGAAACUGACUUAGUAUUCAGCUCCCUCAAACAUUUCUGACAAAUCCUUCAAAAAUUGGAAUUUACCGAAGCAAAAUUCCUACUGUGAUCACAGAAACUUUGAUAGUGGAACUAUAGUGGGAUAUUCAGUCUCAAAAAAUCGUCUUGAAAUCUUGAAUUACAAGAUGGCAAUUUGUUUCUUCACAUAUUAUUCAUUAGCUUACGAAUAUUUCACAAUGCCCAUAUAUGGCUGCACAUUCAUCGCUGUUAUCUAUAUAGACACUGAGCAAAACUGAUUUCCAUGUUUUUCACAUUAUAUCUUAACCCUCACCUUAACCCCCGUUAAUAUGUUUACAAUCCGUUAUUAAAUACAUAUGUUCAUUUUUAUUUUUUACAGUGGUAAACAAGAUGGCGUAUUUGAUAAAUGUUGCGAUGUGUUUAAUAUUCUUAUCAACAAACGUUUAUGCAAGGUAAGAGUUACUAAGAGAUAGCUCUGUCAGUUCAGUAAGAGUCAUCUCUUAUUGAUCCAGUGUUACUACAGGAGAAAACCUAAACUAAACUAACUUUAUUUAUACUGGAUAGCUCUAUCAGUUCUAAACUGUUCUUCCUAGAGGUCCAGUAAGGAUCCUAUCUUAUUGAUCCAGUGUUACAACAGAAGGAAACCUAAACUAAACUAAACUAAUUUUAUUUAUACUGGAUAGCUCUAUCAGUUCUAAACUGUUCUCCCUAGAGGUCCAGUAAGGAUAUCUCUUAUUGAUCCAGUGUUACUACAGGAGGAAACCUAAACUAAACUAACUUUAUUUAUACUGGAUAACUCUAUCAGUUCUAAACUGUUCUUCCUAGAGGUCCAGUAAGGAUCAUCUCUUAUUGAUCCAGUGUUACUACAGGAGGAAACCUAAACUAAUUUUAUUUAUACUGGAUAGAUCUAUCAGUUCUAAACUGUUCUUCCUAGAGGUCCAGUAAGGAUCAUCUCUUAUUGAUCCAGUGUUACUACAGGAGGAAACCUAAACUAACUUUAUUUAUACUGGAUACCUCUAUUAGUUCUAAACUGUUCUCCUUAGAGGUCCAGUAAGGAUCAUCUCUUAUUGAUCCAGUGUUACCACAGUAGGAAAUUGGAAAUCUGUGGUGUUUGGUAGAGUCAAAUAGGAAGCACUCGUCUCACAUCCAACAGAGAAAUAAAUUCAUUUUUUACUUUCUUUCACAGGGAAACACUCCAGUUACAAAAUCAGGUCAGUGGCAUUAGAAGAUAUUGAUGAAUCAGGGUAUAUUGUUAUAAGUAUAUUAGUCGGCAUUAUUUUAAAAGGUUUUAAAUGGAAUUUUGAAACGGAAGGAUUAUGUUUAGCACUUGAAAUUGUGUUACCUUUGCCAACAGUGAGAUGAAGCUCCAUGAAAAGCAAAAGGCAGAUAUUGAGGGAACAUAUGGUAUAUCUAUUUAUGUUUCCCCAUUCCAAGAAGCAUUAGGCCUUAAAAAACGACCAAAGACGAUCCGAUUAAAAACCAGACAUCGUACUAUAAACAGUGCGCUGCGCAAAACAACACGUUGCGCAAAACAACACGUUGCGGCUUAACUUAAAGAAGUGCACCACAAGCGCAAAUUUGAGCUCUUUUUGAAUGGACACCAAGACUAACACUAUAACAGACUAUAAACUUCGUUUUUCAAACGUUCACUGGUUAAAAAUAUUUAUUUGGACGAGUUUUUGACUGCCAGUCUGCAGUCUUCGCUUUAAUCUACCCGUCGAAGACUGCAGACUGGCAAGUCGAAAGCUCGUCCAAAUAAAUAUUUUUAACCAGUGAACAUUUGAAACUUUUAACUUCGUUUGGGUGAAAUCGCAUUCUUCGAAUCCGGUGGAAAUCGCAUUCUUCCACCAUUCAUGAGAAACGAGUGCAAAACUACCGUCUUGAGCGUUGCAGGAAAUUAUAUAUAUGAUUUUUGUGUGUGUUGGUGUAGUGGUCAGGCAAACUUGGUAUGCACGCUCACAGAAACAUCACAAACAGGAAAUCAAUAAUUUUGUUUCUGGGAUCCUAAGUUUUGGAGUCAAAGUUUUCUGCCAAGCUCAUUAAUAGUCUUCCUCAUAAAUUAUUUUCUGUGCUUUUCAGCAUUAUGCAAUGCCCUAAAAUUUUUCUCACUCUGAUAAUUGCAGCUUGAUCGCAUGAUAGUGCUUUGUGAAACCUAAUACUUGUCACGCAUUACUACGCCGAAUGAAAACCACACUGCCUCAAUUUUUUGAAUCUGAGUCCUGUGUGUACGUGCUUGUCAAAUUUACUCAGAAAGCUACUGAAACGUCUAAGCAAAACCAGUGUGUUAUAAAUUACAUUUAUCUGUGUGACCUCAAUGACAAGAUAAUACGAGUAUCAUAGCAAUUAUUAUUGCCUGAAUUUCUUAGCCUCACACUGAUACAGCCUAAAGGCUGGAUCACACUAUCAAAGUUUCUGUGAUCACAAUAAGAAUUUUACACAGGUAAAUUCUAAGUUAUAAACUCGGAUUUGUAAGAAAUGUUUGAGGAAACUGACUCGGUGGUAAACCAGAAUGGGAUGUAAAUUUUCUGUGCACCGGACAAUGAAACACACAAUUGUUCAUAUAUGCAGCAAUUGUGCACCAAACCCAUGCAUUAGUGAGCACAUAUUUCAAUAACAGACGCAUGUGCUGUCCACUAUAUUAGAAAUGUUGAACGGAACUAAAAAUAACUGAAAUGAAAAUUGUGCACCAAAAUGUUCUGGUGUGCACGGCACAUGCGACAUAGCGAUCGCUUUCUUUCCAUACUAGUUUAUCAGUUUUACUUAUAUUACUGUCAAAGUAUUACCCUCUUUAAAUGAAUAAAAUCUUUCACAGUUUAAAAAAACAGAGACACUGGUUUAUACACUAUCAAAGUUUCUGUGAUUGCAGUAGGAAUUUUGCAUUGGUAAAGUUUUGAAGGAUUUGUAAGAAAUGUUUGAGGAAACUGAAUCGGUGUUUAACUCUAAGUCAUUUCCUCAAACAUUUCUUACAAAUCCUUCAAAACUUACAAUUUACCCAUGCAAAAUUCCUACUGUGAUCACAGAAACGUUGAUAUAGAGAGCGUCACAUGCUUAUCGUUAUUGCGUCAAAAGACAAGUGGGCACUGGGUCAUUAACGAGGACAAGUGUUGAUAUUUUUAGCCAUAACUACAUUUUACAGUUCAUCAAAAUAAAUACAGCGAUACGUUUCUGAUCAGCGUGGAAUGUUUAUAAAUUAAAACAAGAUGUCAUAUGUAUAAUAUAAUUAUUUAAAAAUAAUUAAAAUCAGUUUGCGUUCUUUACUGCAAUAUCAAAAUUACAGGGGCAAUAUCAUUAAUAUAGCAACAAGCUCGUUAAUUGUGUGAGCUAAAUUAAGUAAGAAUUUUCACAAUUCAGAUUUUAAAUUCUCUUGUGUGGGUUACUGUAAUCUCAAAAUUAUGUUAGGAUUUAGGGUGAUAUAUUCAUUAGCAAUUACUUCGUAAUUAUAAUCGUAAGUUAGUUAAGAGUUUCUGCAGGAAAGAUUCUGACAUGUCAGGUGUGAAUUGGGUGUGUUUAAUUUAAUGGUAUAUAGAAAUUCAUGCUUUCCGCAUUCCCGCUAUAACCGAUAUUAGCUUAGAGUGUUGGUUUUGAGAUGACACAUAAUUAUGAUUGUUAAUGUACUGCCUACAUUGUGCAUGCCAUAUAUCACUUCACGAAGUUCAUGUUAUUUUAAAUGCUAUUCAUACCAGAUCGCUAGACGAACUCUAUAGGAGAACAGUUCAGAAUUGAUAGAGCUAUCCAGUUGAAAUAAAGUCAGACUAGUUUAGGUGUUCUCCUAACACAUUGAUGAAUAAGAGAUGGAACUCUGGAACUGUAGGAAGAACAGUUUAGAACUGAUGGAACCCAGUAUAAAUUUGAUUUUACAUACUAGAUAAAGUGAUAAAUAUUUUCCCGCUGUCAUAUCGAUAAAGUGUCCAUUUACUGACACAAGUGGUUCAACUUAGACACUUAGUUACGACAAAUGGGCCCUACACACAUAAUGAAACAGUUAUGCACGGUAUGCUACAAGCUGAGCAGCGAUUUCCAGUUUUAUACCAACCUGUGCGAGUGUUUAAGUAUCUCGUGCCAAGCAACAGGUAUUCACUGUACUCUGUAGGAAACUGUGCUCUGCUGUGCGAUCAUUCAUUGAACAUCAUUUUGACAUCAUCGAAAUUUUCUUUUUAUGAACAGCAAAUGUCAACAAAUGCUAAUAACAAACUUGCGAUGGUCUAAAUUGUUGAAGUCUGGUGUUUUUUUAUUACGUGUUGAAUGCUGUCGACCUAUUCAGGAGUUUGGAGAUAAAAGCAAAGAUUCGUUCUGAUUAAGCGUUAGAUGGAAGAAAGCCAAACUAAAAAUGAACUGCUUUGAGAUCAUUUGUUUUAGCCUAAGAGAAAUAAUCUGCCGCAAAGCAUUGUUGCACUAAUUAAGAAAUUCCUUAACACAAACGCUAUUUUAUUCUCAUUAGGAAAAAGUGCUCAUUCUUUUUGGAAAAAUUCUGCUUAAUUGCUCUAAGGAAACCGGCAUUUCAAGACAUUACAUGCUCGUGGCAAUUUGCCAUGAUUUCCUUCGUGUUUGAUCCCGUAGCAAUUUUAUCGAAUGUUGAUUUUAUAAUUUGUAAAAAUUAGAACCAAUUAUGCGAAAUUUUCAUUAAUUUGUAGCAAAUUAAAUUUGUAGCAGUUCUUUGUAAUUUCGUUCAAAAUUGCAACAAGUUGCGACAGUUCUUAUCAAGCUAGAACAGAGAGCUAUAUACGUUAACCAAAUGUAAUUACAAACGAGGCGACUUAUUAUUGGAAAUUAUUUUCCCAGUGAAAUUAUUUUUGCCACAUAUAUUUAUUACUUAAAUUUAGGUUAAGUAAUAUAUUUAGGUUAAGUACUAACCUAUAUAGUAACUAAACCUAUAUUUAUAUCGUCAAAAAGGGCUGAAAUCACCAAAUAUAGGGUUAAAUCUAACAAAAUCAGAGUUGCUACUAGUUACUUAAUAGCUAGGAUACUUUGCUUUCGCGCAAGAAUGUUCCCCAACAAGGCAUUGAAUACGCUGAGAACAUUUUCUCGUGACAGGAUUUGGUUUAAAACAACUCAUCAAAUAUACUUGGUUUCCUUUGCAUUCUCGACUCCAUAUUUGCCGACAAUGAAUUGCAUGACAGCUCGAAGUGGUUUCUAUAGCGAGUUUGGGACCCACGCAUUCCAACUAUCUACUUCGAAACUCUUUAUAUUAUUCAAGUUAACCGCUAAACCAAAUAUCAAGGAACAAAAUUCCGGGCCGGAUGCAUAAUUGAAGCAGGUCUCACGGUAAUUUUAGUCAAAGUAACUCAAGGAAAUGAAACGAGCUUAGACUGCAACUCUUAGAACAGGAAGUAAUAUAAUUUUGACUUUUAUUUUCCCUGCCACACGGGUUUCAGAAAAUAUUGGUGUGUCAAGACGACGCUUCCGUUAAUGUAGAACAAACAAAUUUCUUAAUGUAGCAAUUAGGUUUUCAAACAAGUAAUCCUCAACAUAGGUCGAAUAACUUUAUUUACACUGGAUAGCUCUAUAAGUUUCAAAAUUGUUCUCUCUACUUUCCACGUCGUUCUGUCCUUAUCAAUCCUCUGCUUAUCUACUCUGACAGUAAUGUCUUAUCAUGCACUCAAAUGUGUUGGUAUAUUAAUGAGUACAUGUCCAAAGGCAAAACGAGAAGCUAAUAAUAGUGCCGAAACAAGCCGCUUUGUGGGAAAACAAGCUUAUCGGUAGUUUUUAUCACUUGUAAUUGCAAAAAUACAACAUAACUUUCCGACAGACUCAAUGACGAUGAAAUUCUGACGGAAAGAUUUUGGAAAUUUCGGGAAGAAUUCUUCAAUUCAAUCGGGUUAUCAUGCGUCACUUUAAGUAUAUAGUUUUGUCAUGUUUAUGACAAACAGUGCGGCAAAUAAAGAUAUCAGGAAUAUUCCGAUACUGAGUGUUGAAACUUUCAAGUAUCUGUAAGAGUUAAUAUUCUGACACAUUUAGAUAUCUAUUUCACAAGAUGAUAGCAGCGCACGCCUGCUAAAUGUCCCAAGCAGAAGGGGGCGACGCAAGUCCGACUCGAAAGGUUUUUCUUAAUUUCUUGCGGAAGAUCCUAUACAAUUUUCGAGCAAAUCAAGACCAGCUGCACCCCCGAAGCUACAACUUAAUCCUAAUUCAUAUAAAGGAAAUUCUAUUUUACGAUUUCGUGAGUUUCAUUAAAUCAUGCAGACACCGAUUUUUCCGCCAUGUUGGGGGUACUGCCUCUCCCACCGCACUACGAAAUGUGACUUUAUAGUAUUUACAGUUACAACUUUUAAAAAUCGCUUUUCACGUUGCUUGAAUUGUCUAAAAUCUUUCACGAGGGCAGACAGUGCCCCCAAAAUGGCGUAUUUUGGCCUUCGUGAGAAAGAUUGAGGCGUUGAUUAUUAUAUUGUAGCCUAGAGCUGGGGUAUUACAUCUUAUAUAUGGAGCACGAAAACAAAAGCAUGCUAAUGCUAUUUUUUUAAGAUUUUGUUAUUUCAAAUCCGAGCUUUUCCUAAUUUUCUUGGCACACAGGAAAUGGGGACAUUUUACACCAAACUGGUUAAGUAAACACACUAGGAUAUAUGUUAACGCAUAAUGAUAUGAUAUAGUUGAGCGAAAUUUCGGAGCAUGUUAAUUUUUUUAGUGAUGGGAUAUUAAGGAAACACUCAGUAGGGAAUGGGGAGAGUUUCAUGCAAUUUACAGUUAGAGAGAGAAUUAUGCUUUGUAUGAAAAGAUUGUUGUGCAAAUUCCAUGAGAAACAUUGCUGGCUCGCGUGACAUGGGCUUGAUGUGAUGUUUUCAUUCAAUUUCCUUGAUUAAUUUCAUGUUAUUUUAAACUACAUUCAUGCUGACAAAUUUUGUUAGGUAACAGGAUGACACUCUAAUAUAAAUGCAGGCAUUUUAUUUCACGUUGUGAAAGUCUGUUUGAAUCAUACAUCUAUGAAGCUCUGUCCUUCGCAUGGCUUUUAAAGGAUCAAUUUAGAAAGAAUUUCGUGAUUGCAGAAUUUCGUAACUGAACUCUUGUGUUGAGGAAUCCUGUUUGUAUGGUCGUGCAAAUAGUUUCACCUUAUUCCUUUCAUUUGACAUGCUGAUGAUUUAUAAGAGUCGCGCGCACAGCAAGCAAUUUUAAAUCCAAACAGUGCAGAAGGUUUGCAGGACUAUAUAUAAAUGUCUUGUAUGUCAUAGUAACUUUAAGACACAGCGUGAUUGCAUUGAAGUUAAUUCCAUCCAGACUUGACUAACAUAGUCAAAAUAUACAACAUUCCUAAUUCCUAAAGGCUAAAUAUAAUUCAUGCGACUACAGUCUGGUUUACACUAUCAAAGUUUCUGUGAUCACAGUAGGAAUUUUGCAUUGGUAAAUUCUGAGUUUUGGAGGAUUUGUAAGAAAUGUUUGAGGAAACUGAAUUAGUGUUAAACGGUGAGUCAGUUUCUUCAAACAUUUCUUACAAAUCCUUCAAAACUUAGAAUUUACCAAUGCAAAAUUCCUACUGUGAUCACAGAAACUUUGAUAGUGUAUAAACCAGUGUAUCUCUUUUUUUUUAACUGUGAAAGACUUUAUUCAUUGAUUAACAAUUUUGGUUUGGUUUGCGACUUCAUUUAAAGAGGAUAACAGUUUGACAGUAAUAUAAGUAAAACUGAUAAACUAUGAUUCAAGAACUCAUUAAUAAUUCAUGAGGAAAACACAAAGAGAAAUCUUAAGCGUGGCUUUAUACGAGAUAAAACACGCUUCAAAUUUCAACUUGUAUUUUCUCAGCUAAUACAAAGUUAUUUUGGAAAAUUAUUUCGCCAAUGCCGUGAUCUAACUGAGACGUUUUUGAAGCUGUUUAAUAAACUCGUAGUUCGUGUUUUAACACAUAUAAAACACUCCGUUACGCGUCGUGUUUUAUAUGUGAUAAAACACUCCUGAUAAAACACUCCUACUCGUUUAUUAAACAUUACGUGGCCCUCCUAUAUAAUGAUAAUAGAGGAUACAAACGAGCAUAUUGGCAAUAAAAUCAUCGAGUUCCUACUAUAUUUCCGUUCAUAUUAUUAAAAGAAAUAGCUUUAUCUAAAGUGUAGAAAGUGUCAAGGAUAAAUUACAGUUUCGUUUGACAGUUCGUAAGGCCGACAUUAUUGAUAGAGGCGUUAUUAGCGUAUUAAAAGCAGCCGUAGGCAAGGCAUUGUUGAGGAUGAUAUUGUAAUGAAUCCCGCCAUUGCUAAGCAGUCAAUGAAAAGUGGGAAUAAUCAUAACAAUCUGUUCGUGAUAAAAAAUGUAAUUUCAUACAAUUCUGUCAAGUGAUGUGAUGUGAGACAAUAAUGUUGAUUAAUUUUCCCACUAUAUAUAAUUAUGAACAGAUUUCAUUUUUGCUCCUAUUAGUCCUAUAAUAGUGUUAAUAUUUCUAAAGAUGACUACCAUCAGUAGUUGAAAAGUUUCCUAGUUGAAAAUUUCCUGGGUCUACGAUGGGGGUGCUGCCCACAGUGAAAAUGAAGUCGGGCAAAUUAUAAACGUAAGUUGGGCAAAAAGAUGGGGAAAUAAAUUUUAAAAUGUAAUAGCAGAAAAUGAAGAAAUAUUCCGAAAGAUUUUCCAAAUAGAUUGGUAUCGGUACUCUAACAAUGGUAUUUUUAUUUAGGAUUACAUGAAGUACUCCAAGAGUGUGAUGGCGGGCGCAAAAAUGGGACUGGAAGAAUGCGACAGACUGUUCAAACACGAACCAUGGAACUGUUUCGUCUCCAAGAAUAUCAAGAUUAUGCCCAUUGUGAAUCGAGCAAGGCUACCAUUAGGUAAGCAUGCAGCCUGA